AUGGAUAGCCCAAUUCCGUCCGACGGUCGCGCCACCGCCGACGAGAAGCAGAAAUCCGCCAGUCAAAAUCGAGUGCGCCGGCGAAAUCGGAUGAUCACGUCGUGUCUGGAAUGUCGCCGGAGAAAGCUCAAAUGUGAUAAGCUGCAUCCCUGUACUAAUUGCAGCAAGUUUUCCCGCGACUGUCUCUUCCUUGCGCCGGCUCUGGAUUCGGUGUCACAGCAACGUCUCAACGAGAUCAAGGAAAAGAUGGGGUCUCUGGAACGAGUGCUUGAGCAGGACGUCGCACGCAAGGAAGGAAGGGCUGCCACAGCCUCGUCGCAAAAGUCCCAACGGAGAACUUCAGCCGACCUUCCCGGAGGUGAGGACAGCAGCUCUGACAACGAAGCGACAGUCCCCGAAGAUGAAAAAGGGCUUGAACCGACACCGUUCGCAGUCAUUGAUGCUGCUUACGAGGACGAUGCCAAUGACGAUGUCCUAGACCUGGGUAUUCGGAUUGGCAAAAUGCGGUUAACGGAGCGACUCGGUGGCUUCUUCCGACCCAGACUCCAUGAAGAGAUGGACAUCACCCUCUCAGAACCCUCCAACGAUCGUCGCACCCUCGACGAGAAGCUCUCAGCAAUGCCUCAACUCCCUGAUCAUGAUAGUGACUUCCUGGCCCCCGGACCUUCGUACAUCGCCCCGGGAUCGGGGUUCAUGUUUGCGGAGGUCGGGAAUAAGAGGUCCCUCAUCAAUUUCUUGCCGGCAAAGACUGCGGCCGACAUCUUGGUGCGCAACUAUUUUGAGAACGUGCAUUUCAUUGCUCGUGUUGUCCACUGGCCCAGCUUCCAGCUGCAUUAUGACAAUUUCUGGACCGCGGUACUUGCUGGUCUCGAACCUCCUCCAUGGCAACAAUCCAUUGUCCUCUCGAUCCUAUUCUCCGCUGUGGCAAGCAUGCCAGAGUCAGAUGUCACAGCUAUUUUCGCUCGGCCCAAAGCCACCAUACUUGGGAAUUUCCAGACUGGCACCGAGGUGGCCCUAAGUAAAGCACAAGUCCUGAGGGCGACCAAGAUUGAAACGUUACAGGCUCUCGUGAUCUAUCUCAUCCCCAUGUGUCGGGACCAGCUCUCCCGAGCGCACUCGGUGAUAGUCGGCAUGGCGGUCCGCCUUGCGGAAUGCAUGGGUCUCCAUCGGGAUCCGGAGGUGGUCUAUGGCCUAUCGCCUGUGGAGUGUCACGUUCGCCGCAUCGUAUGGUUUCAACUUUGCUUCCUGGAUUUUCGCACGUGUGAAUCUCAAGGCCCGCGACCAGGCAUUAAGCGCGAAGACUAUGACACGAAAUUCCCACUCAACAUCAACGAUGCCGAUCUCCUCGUGGCGAAGCCUCAGGAAGCGAAGGACAAGUGGACAGACAUGACCAUGUCUCGGAUACAUUUUGAAUGCACGGAAAUGCAGCGAGUUAUAUGGUACGAUCGCAUUCGCAUCGAAAAGAAACGGGCGUCCUUGACCCAUGUCCUGAGCAAAGUGGAAUCGUUCCGAAAAGCCAUGGCGGCCAAGUACAAUCCCAUCUUGAAUAUUGAAGUGCCCAUCCAAAAAUAUGCACAACUGCUGAUGAACCUUAUGGUUCAGCGGAUGUAUGUCAUGAUUUUGCAUCGGUACUUGAACAAUGCAAGCAACAAAGUGCCUGAGAGGCUUGCAGAUCUCACCAUCCAAAGCGGCCUGCUCGCCAUGGAGAAUGCAGUCGCCAUGGAACGAAUCCCGGAGCUGAGGAGAUGGAAAUGGUAUAACGGUGCUUACCAGCAAUGGCACAUCGCCUUUUUGCUGCUAUCAGUCAUCUAUGCACAGCCGACACUUCGAGAUGCUGAACGAAUAUGGAAUGUGAUCGACUUUGUAUUUGAGCCGGAUCUCUCUCUAUCACGGACUCAACGAGCCAGGACAAUUAUUGCAGCGGUGCGGGAUCGGACGGCCGUAUACCGAGACCUGCGCAGGAUUCGGAUUCCCGUCAGCAUGAAGCAGGGCCUGGACAAACGCCCUCAGAGCUCUGAACCGUCAGCGAAAGACCAAGCUCAAACCGACACGACGGACUCGUUGCGCCCGUCGGCUAUCGCGUCCACAUCACCACCGAAUACAGGCAGAGGAGAGCCAAGGUUUUCGGCCGACCAGCCCUGGAGUUUUGAUACCCCGACCACGAUGUAUGUUUCCGCGAAAUACCUGCCACCGGCCGAGGCUGGCCAUCUCACGCAGUUCACGUCUCCGCAGUUUCCGCCACAUUCUGCAAGACAACAAUCGCCGCUGCUGUCGCAAUCACAAUCAAGGUCACAACAGCUGCCGCAGCAAACACCACCCCGGACGGAUGCAAAUCAGACUUCGCCUGGGCAGCAGAUUGACUUUAACAGCCCCAGCGACUCAGGCACAAAUGACUCUUGGCCGCCACUGAUCACGACGGAUCAAGUCAGCUGGCGAACAGUCUUGGGGCCGAAUCCGCAUACGUCGCCGCCUCCUGCAGCCGUUCAUUCACUUCCUGGAGUUGUACCCAGGCAGCCCUCAUCCGGAGGUGGCAGUCCCUUUGGGAUCAACUCGGGGUUUCCAAGUGAUCAGAUCAACAUCCCACAAUUCCAGAACAACAACCGUAAUGAUUCUGUCAUGCUCGAUAUUGACUGGGCCGAAUGGGAUCAACUCUUUCCGCCAGAUAGCAAUCAGGGCGUUCUGGGGCCGACACAUCACCUGGGACUGGGAAUGCCCCCGUAG